UAAAGGCAUUAAACAGCACAUCAAUGUACAUUUCAAUUAGACUAAAUAAUAAUGCUAUGAUUUUAUCGGUAGUAACUUUACUUAUUAACUUGAAUUAUUUCUUUCUUUUACUUCAUGUUAGGAAGAGUAUCUUUUUGCUUGAAAUAAAAAAUUGAUAUAGGAGUAAUAAUAUGGAUAGAGAUCAAAAACUGUUAGGGCAGAAAUUACACGUUUGAACUUUAUAGUUCAGUAUAGUUCAAAUAGAAAUUAUAUAGAAUUAUUUAAUAAUUUGUAUUCCACUGGAAUAAAAAUUUAAUUUCUGUCUUUAUCAAAUCUCUGUUUCAGAGUAUUUGUACGUAUGUACUUAUCGUCUGCUGUAUGAUCGAAUUUCGAAUAGGUAAUAAUCGUUGUUACUCGUUAUGUGAGAAAAAAUUAUGUAUAUUCACAACUAUGACUAUUGCAUUUUAGGCGCUUGGCCAUGAAUCGCUGCAUUAGGUUUUCGUAAUCCCCGAAACCCAGACAAACCACUAUGGAAGUGCGGAGGUUCCCUGAUAUCGGCUAGGCAUGUUUUGACCGCAGCACAUUGUGCACAUAUGGAUGGAAUAGAAAACAUACACAAUCAUAAUAUUGCCAUUCUUAGAUUGGUGGAGGAGGUGCCAUUUUCGAGGUACGUAUAUCCCAUUUGUACGAAAGAGCCCCUACGAAAGAGCAACUUCGUCGGCUAUAACCCCCUUGUUGCUGGAUCGGGAGCAUUAAGAUAUAGACGACCACGACGUAAUGCAUUAAUGGAAGUACAAAUGCCAGUGAUUAAGAACGCCGAAUGCAAAAUAGCUUAUUCCAAAUUUCCUAAUGCACCUGAUAUCACUGAUGGUAUAAUAUGCGCCGAACAUGCUCAGGGUGGAGAGGAUUCUUGUACGGUAAUUAAGUUACAGAGUUACUACAAACUAUACGGUAUCUGAAGACACGUCGAUUCGAAUUAACAUCAAAUCGACGUCUUAAACAUUAAAAAUAAUAGAUAAACACAAUUUAAUAGUUUUGCCCACUUCUCA